GUCCAUGUGCACUGUAUGCCACGGUAUGCUGGUCUUUGUGUAUCGGAUGUAGUUCGGCUUGUAUCUUACCCGAGCUUGCCUUCGAAACUCUACAAGCAUGUAUCACAAGGACUUACUCUUUUGGAAGAAUCAGUGGCUUUAUCUGAUGAAUCUAAAUCAAAUGAAGAACAAGAAAAUCAGACAGACAAUGAUGGUAAAGAGGAACAGACCAAAGAACAAUCUUCUUUCGGGUUUGGAAAUCUUAUAUCAAGUGUAUCAUCAAUAACAAAACUGGUUGAAUCAGCUGGAAGCAAAGUUGUGAGUGGUGGAUUAGAUACGUUAGAAGCCAUUGGUAAGAAGACAAUGGAAGUUUUAGAAGAAGGUGAUCCAGGCUUAAAGAAAAAGAGGACCUUCUUUAUAAAUGAAACAGAUAAACCUAAUUUAUCUCAGAUCCUACGAGAAGCUAAAGAAAAAGCAGAUAGCACAGAAAGAACAAUGGAAGAAAGACAGAAAAUGAGAAAAGUACAUUUUGAAAGUCUCUUUGAUGAUUAUCAAGGACUUGUUCAUAUAGAAGCAUUAGAAAUGUUAUCAAAACAAAGUAAUAUGAAAAUACAACAGCAUUUAAAUAGCUUAGAUACAAAUGAAUUAAAUUCUGUUGAAAAAAUGUUGGAAGAAGUUGAAGAAUUAUGUGCAUUAGAUAAUGAUGAUGAAUACAAUGAUGAAAUAGAUGAGAAAGACUUGAAAUAUAAAUUACAAGAAGCUUGCAGCGAUCUUGGAAUUAACAUUACAUAUGAAAAGUUACACGAGGCUUUUCAAGAUUCUAAAAAUUAUACUAAUUCACCACAUAAUGAUCAAGAAACUUUUGAACAUGCUAUUUCAGUUGCACAAUUUACAGCAUUAUCUGUAGAAAGGUUUCAUAAAACUGCAGAAUUACUUUUAAUCAAAGAACAUCGAAGCACUGUUAAUGAAACUGAUUCACUAGUUCAGUUAACAAAUAUUCUGUCUAAUCAAAUUGGAAUAUUAGCUAAUACUUACUGUAGUAUUUUAAAUAAGCUUGCAGAAACUUCAGAUAAACCUCAUACUAUUAAAACUAAUAUAACAACGAUUCUCAUGGAGGCUUCAAAUGCAGGUUCUUACAUUCAACAUGCCUUCAAAUUGUUGAUUCCCAUCAUAGAAGUUGGUGCUAUAUAACGAUGAGUAGAAGUAUUUUUUAAUACUCGUUCUGCAUAUAUUGUAAAAAAAAAAAACUAAUACAUUUCAG